AUGGCGGGCCUUUUUCGUCUGCUAAAGAUGCAGUACACGCCUCCGACAGACCCACGGGGGAUCUCAUUCGCUGGCAAGACUGUUAUAUUGACAGGAGCCACGUCUGGCCUGGGCUACGAAGCCGCCAUCAAAUUUCUGAAUCAAGGCGUGGACUCAUUGAUCAUCGGCAGUCGCAGUCUCGAGCGAGGUCACUGCACCAAACAAGCUCUUGAAAGAUACACCAAUCGGCCUGGGGUGGUCCAAGUCUGGGAGCUUGAAAUGAACAGCUUUCAAAGUGUUCAGAAGUUUGCCAGACGCGUCAACGAUGAGCUUCAGCGGGUGGACAUUGCACUCUUGAAUGCUGGUCUCUGGAACCGUGAAUACACAAAGUCACCCGAAGGCUGGGAAGAGAUCCUACAAGUCAACACUUUGUCCACGUCAUUGUUGGCCUUAUUGCUUCUACCCAAGUUGCGAGAAUCCUCGUCGGCCACUGAACCCGCCCACUUGAGUGUAGUCUCGAGUCAACAGUUUGUGCGCGUCAAAGCCGAAAGUCUCCAAACGGAUGGUGCGUUGCUCGAGCAUGUGAAUGAUGAAGAGCAUUUCAAAGGUCCGAAACAAUACGGCAUCUCGAAAUUGCUGUUGGAAUAUAUGAUGAAGAACGUUGCCGACCUGGUUCGAAACGAUGACGGUACUUUGCAAGUUAUUGUCAAUACCGUCAGCCCCGGGCUGUGCCAGUCAUCCCUUGGAAGACAAUAUAACCGCUUCUACGAGCGAUGGCUUGUGUGGGUGAUGUAUAAACUGUUUGCGCGCACGACUGAACAGGGGUGUCGAUCUUUGGUCAGUGCGACUGUGCAAGGCGCAGAGUCGCAGGGAAAAUGUUGGAGAAGCGAUGGAUAUCUGGAGUACGUCCUGAUGCCCUUCUUGCAAUGCCAAGCACUGACAAUUUUUAGUGAAUCUAUUGCCCUUACGACUGGAGUGAAAGGCAAAUCUUUCCAGGCCAAGGCGUGGAAGGAGAUCUUGCAAGUGCUGGAGGAGCAAGCACCAGACGUGAGAGAUAUCGCUCAGAGAUCUUAA